AUGCCUCCGCGUUUCUCAAUCCAGCCUUCUUGGAAGGCCUUGACAGGCACCUUGUACGGACAGAGCCCGGCUGCCACAUCCUCCAACGCGAUCCAAGCGACUGCCCGAGCAGCAUCUACCAAGGCUCAAACACAGAAGAGAACCGAUUUCUUCCGUGCCGCGCAAGCCCGCCAGCGAAAAGCUGCCAAUUUGUCUCGACGGAAGGUUCUCCAGGAGGAACGUGACGCCUCUCUCGGCGACCCGGUAGCAAGCCAGUCCACACCUUUUAUUAAACAGAUACAGGCCGUCUCAACCGAGCCUCAAGUCUCUGCGUCGACCGGUGGUAUCAAUUACUACUUGAAAGUGGAUGAGCUCGACAGCGCAUUGCAAUUCUCCAAGAACUUGACCGAGCCCCUUCAGAACCCAGACCGGGAUACCGCAGACCCCCAGCACGAGAAAGAAGCAUUAGAGAAGCAUGAGAAAGAAUUCCAGAAUGCCAAGGAGGCGAUUCAGCGUAUUGUGAAUCUCAGCAAUGGAAAUACCAAGGAUCGCAUGCGAUUGAACAUCCAGAAGUGUAUCGGGGAGUUCGGACGACACAACACCGACGAGAUCCUGUCGCCUAAGCCCGCCAGUGUGCAGCAACCCAAUUCCUCUGAGCAGCUGAAGAAGGUUCCUCGCGUUGGCACCGACACCGGCUCUCCUGAAGUUCAGGCAGCUAUCUUGACCGUCAAGAUCAUGAACCUUUCCCGACACCUCCAGACUGCCAACAAGGAUAAACACAACAAGCGGAACCUGCAGGUUCUUGUGCACAAGCGUCAAAAGCUACUCCGAUACGUCCGCCAGAAGGAGCGUGGUGGGCCCCGGUGGACAAACCUCAUGGAGAAGCUGGGUCUAUCCGAGGCUACGUGGAAGGGAGAGAUCGCUCUUUAA